AUGACCUGAUCCGCAGGCGCGCCGCCCCGAUGUGUGGCUCUCCCGGCGCCCCUCGAUUUCCUCGUCCCCACCGCUGUCCUCGUCGACGACAGCGCCAGCGGCGCCACUUCUCCUCCCCACACUCGCACAAGCCUUAAACCCUCACUCCUCUUCUUCCGCGACUUCCGGAACUCGACACCACCCUAUCUCUUUCAAACAUGGCACCUUCCGCUACCUGCCCUCCUCACUCCAUGGCGUCCGUCUCCCGGGCCCUCCGCCCGCGCCCGCGUCUCGCCACCGCCUGCACGGCUGCUCCUCGUCUCGGGUGCGGGUCGAGGGUUGCAUGCUCUGUGCCAGCAUAUGGGGGUGCAACGGAGAAGACCGAACACGGACUCGCCAUUGCGUCCACACUAGCCGCCACUGUUGGUCCGGUUGUGAGGAGCCGUCAAAUUUUGUGCAAGGCUGAAGCUAACAUAUCUAGUAAUCUGCCGGAGAGUGUGGCUAAUGGAGUGAGCCAGUAUGAGAAAAUAGUGGAGCUACUCACCACACUUUUCCCUGUCUGGGUCAUAUUAGGUACCGUUAUUGGCAUCUACAAGCCGUCCAUGGUCACAUGGUUGGAGACUGAUCUUUUUACUGUGGGGCUCGGAUUCCUAAUGUUGUCAAUGGGACUAACAUUGACAUUUGAAGAUUUCAGGAGAUGUAUGAAGAAUCCAUGGACAGUGGGUGUGGGAUUUAUUGCGCAGUACUUCAUCAAACCUUUGCUAGGAUAUGCCAUUGCAUUGACCUUGAAGUUAUCCGCUCCUCUUGCUACUGGUCUUAUUUUGGUUUCAUGUUGCCCCGGUGGUCAAGCAUCAAACGUUGCAACUUACAUAUCUAAAGGAAAUGUUGCACUUUCAGUUCUUAUGACCACUUGUUCGACUAUUGGUGCUAUAGUGAUGACACCACUCCUUACUAAACUCCUUGCUGGUCAACUAGUUCCUGUUGAUGCUGCAGGCUUGGCCAUCAGUACUUUUCAGGUUGUUCUAGUACCGACUAUUGUUGGAGUUUUGGCACAUGAGUAUUUUCCGAAGUUUACUGAGCGCAUUAUCUCCAUAACACCGCUAAUAGGGGUCCUCCUCACCACUUUGCUUUGUGCUAGCCCUAUUGGGCAAGUCGCAGAUGUGUUGAAAACUCAAGGUGCUCAACUUAUCCUCCCUGUUGCUCUGCUGCAUGCUGUUGCAUUUGCUCUUGGGUAUUGGCUCUCGAAAUUGUCUUCUUUCGGAGAAUCAACUUCUAGGACCAUCUCAAUUGAAUGUGGGAUGCAGAGUUCUGCACUCGGAUUUUUACUUGCCCAAAAGCACUUCACGAACCCACUUGUCGCUGUUCCUUCUGCUGUCAGCGUCGUGUGCAUGGCGCUUGGAGGGAGUGCUCUUGCAGUUUUCUGGAGAAACAGAGGGCUGCCAGCAGAUGACAAAGACGAUUUCAAGGAAUGAAGCAAGCCGCUCCUGUUUCAGUUGUUACCUUGUUUUAGUUCGAGGACAGUUACAUCAGGAAAAGACAGGAACCUUAUUCUAGAUAAAUUGAUUGUCGGUAGGACUCGUGUUAAUCUUUAGGCGUGGCUUUAUACUCAAGUGUAUUGUAUUUUAAAUCUUCGAAAUAAGCUGCUUAUUAGUAAAGCAGUGAUUUAUUUCAUGGGCCUUUGUGAAGGAACCCAUCCACAUCAUGUGGGCAAUCAGUACAUUUGAUUCUAGGGUGGUUUUUGGUGAAUAUUAGUUUUUUUGAGCUAUUUGAUUUUCAAGAA